AUGGAGGCUUCAAAGGAGCAAAAAGGGCUUCUCGACCAGAUCCUUCCUCCGCGUCUGGAAGAUGCUGGCCUCGAGGAAUGCGCCCUACCGCCUGAAUCCAUCCACGAGGCCUUUGUGAAGGCGGCCGCCGACGUCGUUAAGUCCCGUGCUAGGUCCAUCUUCUCCGAAGAGUCGGGGGAUUGCGUCCGCGAUCCAUGGCCUUCCGGGAAGGACGUGUCGGACAAAGUCGUUGGCUUGUCGCCGAGUACGGGCGUGCCAGACGCUUUGGUUGGAGUGGUUCCUGAGAAGGAUGCGCCCGGGUCUUGUGUUGCGGAGAAGGGCAUUGAGGAAGAGGGGGAUAAGGUCGUGGUAGGUGAUGGGUCAGAUGUGGAUAAGCAGGAAGAGUUAGGGAAAGGAAGGGACUGUGUGGAUGGAUUGCAAGGACUGGAGGCUGAAUUGAAUAAUGGUGAUAAAACGGUGGGUGAUGAAGAGGAGGAGGAGGAGAAAGGAACUGAGAGGCCAAUUCUAACGGAGGGUUUUGGUGUGAAUCCCCAAGUAGUUAGUCGGUAA